AUGGGGCAUAUGAAAAUAGUAAGCAAGGAAGAGAACCAGCCAAGUGUCGCAUUUUAUCUGCCACAUCAUCCAGUGAUAAAGUUAUCAAGUCUUACAACUAAGUUGCGGGUUGUAUUCGAUGCAUCUGCCAAAAGUACUUCAAACUUAUCAUUGAACGAUGUGCUUCUGUGUGGUCCAACUGUUCAAGAUGAUUUAGUUACAAUAUUGAUGCGAUUUCGUAAGCAUCAACUUGUCAUAACAGCAGACGUGGAGAAGAUGUUCAGACAAAUAAGGGUAGCUGAAGAAGACCUAGACUGGCAAAGGAUAGUCUGGAGAUCGCAGCCAGAUAAAGCAUUACAAUUGUAUCGACUUACAACCGUAACAUAUGGCACAACUUCAGCUUCAUUUAUGGCAACUAAUUGUCUUAUCUUACUGUCCGAAGAAUCAAAACAGAAAUAUCCAGAAGCGUCAAGGGUCAUACGCCAUGAUUUCUAUAUGGAUGAUUUAAUGACCGGUGCUAGUACAGUUGAUGAGUACUGCCAUUUACAGAAGCAAAUCAACUCCAUUCUAGAAUCGAUUGGUGAAGAUGGUGUAAUCAAAUCAUUGGGGCUUAGUUGGAAGCCAGCUUUGGACGCAUUUCAAUUCAUAGUAGAGCGGAAAGCGUUUUUGGCUAAGUCGACAAAAAGAACGCUAUUAGCUGAUCUAAAUAGAAUCUUUGACCCUCUAGGGUUCCUGGCACCUGUACUGGUAAGAGGAAAAAUAUUCUUGCAGCAGCUUUGGCAGUUGAAAAUAGAAUGGGACCAACAGCUGCCAGAGGAAUUGUCAAAUAGAUGGUAUACAUUUUACCAAGAGUUCAAUGAUCUAAGUUAUCUACCUAUUCCGAGAAAGUGUAUACCGUACCAAUCUGUGGAAGUGGAAAUCCACAGGUUCUGCGACGCAUCGGAAGAAGCCUAUGGAUCUGCAAUCUACGUACAAAGUAAAGAUAUGACGGGCUGCUGGCACUCCCGAUUACUUUGUUCGAGGACAUGCGUCGCGCCAUUAAAAGGCUCGACAAUACCAAGACUUGAGCUGGGGGGAGCAUUAACACUCGCUCAGCUAUCGAUAAAGGUGUCCGAGGCCUUAGAGAUGGAAGUUAAAAAAUUCUACUUAUGGACGUAUUCCAUGGUAGUGCUUGGUUGGCUAAAUUCACAAGCUUGUAGAUUAAAAACAUUCUUGGCCAACCGGGUAGAAGAGAUUCUAGAAACUACGCAGCCAGAGCAAUGGAGGCAUGUCGUAACAAGCGAAAAUCCAGCUGAUAUUCUUUCUCGAGGAACAACGCCGAAUAAUCUUCAGAACAUGAACCUAUGGUGA